CGAUCUGAAAUCAUUUGCAGCCACUCAACGGAAUCGAAAUGUGCUUCAGAUAUAGCUUCAGUUUCAUCAUAAUCGCUGCGGUUCUGCUGCUGGCAGCCGGAAUUCGGGCAGCUCCCUCGGAUGUGGUGGUCGAGAAGGCGGAGGAUCCCGCGGUUCCGAAGCCCCUGCCAAAGGCCGACUUCGAGGUUCCGGAGGACUGUCACCAGCCCAAGGAAACCGGCCGCUGUUUCGCCCUGUUCUACCGCUACGCCUACAAUGUGGAUACCCAAUCCUGCGAGGAGUUCGUCUACGGCGGAUGUGCCGGCAACAAGAACAAUUUCGAGUCCAAGGAGCAGUGCGAACAGGCCUGCUUGGGAAAGUCCACCUCGGAGUCCUCCACCACCGAGCAAAUCAGCGACGUGACCACCGAAACUAGCACUUCCGCUUGAUUUCAUCUAGUCUUUAGUUCGUAAUUUAUUUGUCACCCGACUUCAUCUCCAAUAGAAUCGCAACCCAUUUAAAUAUUGUUUAAUGUUUAACUAAAAUGAUUUUCUGUUUUUAAUAAAAAUAAAAUAUA